AAACAUCUGGGGAGGGAAGUGGGGUCAAUGUGGGAACCCUGGUCCUGGUCCUGUUGACUGCGCUCUGCUCCUCCCGGACUAGAUCCGGACUAGAUCCAGGUCUAGAUCCAGGUCUAGAUCUAUAUCCAGACUAGAUCCAGACUAGAUCCGGACUAGAUCCGGCUCCGUGUGAACAGGAGGAAGCGGAGCAGGAAGUCGCUGCUCCUCGUCGGUCGGAGUCAUGAAGCUGAAGCUGAAGUUGCUCUUUUUAUUUCUCGUCUUGUCUCUUCAGAAGGACACAUGUGUCUCCGGGGGACGGAGACCCUCCGACCCCAGCCCCCCGGCUCCGGUGCGUCUGGACGCGGAUCUGUCGGCUCCGGUUCACCGCGUGGAUCCGCGCUUUCUGUCCGUCACCAUCGACGCGAGUCUGGCGUCAGAGGAGCGCUUCAUGUCCCUGCUCAGCUCCUCAAAGAUCCGGACUCUGGCCUCGGCUCUGAGUCCUGGUUUCAUGCGGUUCGGAGGAACCCGUCAGGACUUCAUGGUGUUCAGACCCCGGAGGCCUUUGGAUCCACUUCAGAGAGAAGGUCCAGGUCCAGGUCCAGGUCCAGGUCCAGGUCCAGGUCCAGGGUCCUGUGAUGAGGCCGAUCUGCCCUGGUGGCUGGAGGAGAGGCUGAAGGACGACUGGAGGAGGCAGGAGCUGGUUCUGAUGAAGGAGGAUCUUCAGAGGAAGUACAAGAGGGUCCACUUCACAGAGAGGACCGUGGACCUCCUCCACUCCUUCACCUCCUGCUCUGGUCUGGAUCUGGUCUUCGGUCUCAACGCUUUGCUCAGGACGUCCGACAACAGCUGGAACAGCAGCAACGCCCUGAAACUGAUCCAGUACUGUGAGUCCAGACGCUACCGGACGUCCUGGGAGCUCGGCAACGAACCAAACAGCUUUGAGAAGAAGGCCGGGAUCCGAGUGGACGGGAACCAGCUCGGUGUCGACUUCUCUCAUCUCAGGAGAAUCUUGUCGGACUCCGAGUUUUUCCGCGAUGCUGGUUUAUAUGGACCUGAUGUGGGUCAACCCCGGGACCAUCACACAGACCUCCUGGAGGGAUUCCUGCAGAGCGGAGCCGAGGCCGUCAACGCCUGCACCUGGCACCAUUAUUAUGUAAAUGGACGAGACACGUCUCUGGACGACUUCCUGGACCCUGAUGUCUUGGACACUCUGGCUCUAAAGACCAAACAAGUCCUGCAGACGGUGCAGCAGGUGUCUCCGGGGAAGUCAGUGUGGUUGGGAGAGACGAGCUCAGCGUACGGAGGAGGAGCUCUGGGACUGUCGGACACGUUCGUAGCUGGAUUCAUGUGGCUGGAUAAACUAGGCCUGGCUGCCAGACUCGGGCUGGAUGUGGUGAUGAGGCAGGUCUUCAUCGGCUCUGGGAGCUACCACCUGGUGGACAACAACCUGGACCCGCUACCUGAUUAUUGGCUGUCUGUUCUCUACAAGAGGCUGGUGGGACCAGAGGUUCUAAACGUCCAGGAGGUUUCAGGUCCAGAUAAACGGGUCAGAGUCUAUCUGCACUGCACCAACAAGAAGAGUUACAGAAGUGGAGCCGUUACUCUCAUGUCUCUGAACCUGAGUCCGACCCCGGCCACCGUCUCCGUCCCCGUCCUCGCCUCCAGCUCCGUGGACGCCUUUGUCCUGGAGUCUGAUCAGCCGGGAGAGGACGGACUCACCUCCAGGUCUGUGAAGCUGAACGGAGACGUGUUGAAGAUGGUGGAUGAUAAAACUCUUCCCGACCUCAGAGGACGUCGUCUGCCUCCACAUCAACAUCUGCAGCUGCCCGGCUUCUCUCUGGCCUUCUUCGUCCACCCAGACGCCGGGGCGGCGGCCUGCCGCUAACAGCGUGGACACCAGCGUGGACACCAGCAUGGACACCAGCGUGGACACCAAGCACAGACACCAACAUGGACACCAGCAUGGACACCAAGCACAGACACCAACAUGGACACCAGCGUGGACACCAGCGUGGACACCAGCAUGGACCAAACACAGACACCAACGUGGACACCAGCGGGGACACCAGCGUGGACACCAGCGUGGACACCAGCGUGGACACCAGCGUGGACACCAAGCACAGACACCAACAUGGACACCAGCGUGGACACCAACAAGGACACCAGCGUGGACACCAGCAUGGACCAAACACAGACACCAGCGGGGACACCAGCGGGGACACCAGCGGGGACACCAGCGGGGACACCAACAUGGACCAAACAUGGAGCUGCAGCCAGCUCUGUAAAUAUGAAACAUUACCCACAAUCCUCUCUGCUACUUUGAAAUUCUCAGUCUUUAAUAAUAAUAAUAAUAAUAAUAAUAAUGUUGGAAUUUCUUCUUCUGUCGCAAUAUUUCAUCAAAUCCAACAACUAAUGGAGCUGAUCUAGUUUUUAUUGUGUUUAGAGUCUAGACACAUGAUUCUACAUCUACUAUGAACCACGUGGUGACGAGCCAGACAGAGUCUGAGCCACUUUACCUCCAUCUAGUGGUGUAAUGGUGCUACUACAGAAAAUAAACAGUGUUAAACAUCUGGAUUACACUGUAAAAACAGCAUCACUAGAAAGAAGCUAAACACUUUUAUAUUCAUCUAAUCAUAUUGUACAAAGAAAAAAAAGCUUUUUG